AUGGAUGCUGCUUCCAUAAUUAAUGUUAUCAGACGAGCUGAUGGCGAUGAGGAUGAUGAUCAAGAUCCAGCUUUACAAGAGCUGUACUCAAGUUGGGCUCUGUUUAUUCUUCUCGUUCUCCUGAUUGGUGCCCUUCUUACUAGCUAUUAUGUUCAAUCAAAAAAGAUUCGAGCCAUUCAUGAAACCGUCAUUUCCGUCUUUGUCGGUAUGGUUGUCGGCCUGAUCAUUCGGGUUUCUCCAGGAUUGAUUAUUCAAAAUAUGGUUUCUUUUCACUCUACGUAUUUUUUCAACGUCUUACUUCCGCCUAUCAUUCUCAAUUCGGGGUAUGAAUUGCAUCAGUCAAAUUUCUUUCGAAAUAUAGGCACAAUCCUUACUUUUGCUUUUGCCGGUACUUUUAUAUCCGCCGUUACUUUGGGAAUCCUCGUAUACAUAUUCUCAUUUUUAAACUUUGAAAACUUCCACAUGUCCUUUGUAGAAGCAUUGUCCAUGGGCGCUACUUUAUCGGCCACGGAUCCCGUCACUGUUCUUGCGAUUUUCAAUUCUUAUAGAGUGGAUCAAAAGCUUUACACCAUUAUUUUCGGUGAGAGUAUUCUAAAUGACGCAGUUGCAAUUGUUAUGUUUGAAACUUUGCAAAAAUUUCAAGGAAAACAACUUCAUUUGUUUACCCUAUUUAACGGUAUAACUAUUUUUAUAAUUACGUUUUUCGUAAGUCUGUUAAUUGGCGUUUCCGUCGGGCUUAUGACUGCUUUACUUUUGAAAUAUUCUUAUUUGCGACGUUAUCCUCACAUUGAAUCUUGCAUUAUCUUGCUCAUGGCAUAUGCCUCUUAUUUUUUUUCCAAUGGAUGUCACAUGUCUGGCGUUGUCUCACUAUUGUUUUGCGGAAUAACUUUGAAACAUUAUGCUUUCUAUAAUAUGUCUUACAAGGCAAAAUUGAGCACGAAAUAUGUGUUUCGAGUUUUGGCUCAGUUGUCUGAGAACUUUAUAUUUAUUUAUUUGGGAAUGUCCUUAUUCACUCAAGUUGAUCUAGUCUAUAAACCUAUAUUUAUUUUGAUUACCACGAUUGCGGUAACUGCUUCUAGAUAUAUGAACGUUUUUCCUUUGAGUAAACUAAUGAACAAAUUUCAUCGCCAAAAGGACGGAACUCUCAUAGACCAUAUCCCAUAUAGUUAUCAAAUGAUGCUUUUCUGGGCUGGUCUUCGUGGUGCCGUAGGUGUCGCUUUAGCCGCUGGUUUCGAAGGUGAAAAUGCUCAGACACUCAAGGCCACAACACUUGUUGUAGUUGUACUGACACUUAUCAUUUUCGGUGGAACUACUUCUCGUAUGCUUGAAAUUUUAAACAUCGAAACUGGUGUAGCUGCCGAUGUGGAUAGCGAUACCGAAUUCUCCAUGCUUCCAUGGCAGGCUACGGCUGACUAUGAUUUAGAGAAUGGAGCUAUGGAGCUUUCCAAUGCGUCUCUUGAUUCUCCAGCUGCUGCCCCUGAUCGACCAAUUGUGCCAGAUGAUUAUGAGAAUGUAGAGGUAUUCUCUGAGGCUAGUCCUUCAAAGAAAAUUUCUAAUACUUUUGAGCAAUACCAAAGAGCUGCCGGAGCAUUCAACCAUUUUUUCCAUGCAUCUAGAGAUGAUCAAGCCCAAUGGUUUUCACGCUUUGAUGAAGAGGUUAUUAAACCUGUUUUACUGGAACGGGACGUUUCAAAAAGUAGCCCAAGAAAGUGA